GGGGCUGGCUAACUAUAGCGGCUAAAGAUAUCUCCGUGGUGCGGUGCCGUUCCUCUAACUCACUAAGCCUCGCCUCCAGCGCAGUAAAUAAACUACAUUUAAUACAGGUACCAUUAUCUUUAAAGGAGGCAGAGGAAUAACUGAACAUCUGACACACUGAGCAGGACAGAGGAGAGGGAGAGGGAGAAGCCAUAGCUAACUGCUAAUGCUAAUGAAGCUAGCGUGUAUGAAAACUUUGAAAGUAGUGAAAAGUCGCUAAAAGAAGGAGAAACUCCGAGUGUUUAGGUAGAACUAGUCUACGUUUAAAUGUUAAGCGGGAAAAUAACCGCUGUAACGAGUAAAACAAAUUUAGAUUUAGCGUUCACUGACAGAGCUACAGCACCAAACAGUGUACACAGAGCAGGAAGUGAACCGGGAAUGAGUCAUCAGCUUACCGUAGCACGUCACCCCAAAGAAUCUUAUUAUUGGAUCAACACCCACCACCCUCUGCACGACACCUUCACCAGGCAGAGGAGUGUGUUCAGUGGCAGACUGCUGUCCCAGUCCAGCUCCACCAACAGACUCAAAAACUCUUUGGUCCCCCAUCAGUCUGUACAACAGCUCUCAGUAAAGGCAGGGAGGACAACAGAUAAUAGACAAUGGACAAUUUCUAUCUGUAUUUGCACAUCCAUUUGCACUGUUUUACUUCCAUUUGCACUGUUUACUGUUUGCACCAUUUAUUGUAGCUACUGUUCAUUUUAUAUAUAUUAUAUAUAAUAACUAAUAUUUUAACUUCUAUUUUAUUUUUAAUUCUAUUCUUAAGGUUAGGGAUUUUAAUUUUAGUAUACUGUAUAUAUCGUUCUGUUUUAACUCUGUUUAACUGUAUUGUUUUUUCACAUUAGCUGUAUGUAUUUGCACUGUCGCAAACAAGAAUACCCAUGAUGCAUGGCAGGAGCAAAGACUCUAAGAGUUACAGAUACAUUAUAUUAGAAUGUAAUCUGUAAACUAUAAACUAUUCAGUUCAUUCAGUUUGUUGCAAUCUGCAACUUCACCACUAGAUUCUACUCAAUCAUACACACUGGUCAUUCCACUAUUUUAACCAUUAAGAGGCACAUGGAGGUCAACUCAUACUCUAGCAUGCAGAGCAGUUUACAGUAUAUGGAACUGCAUCACCUUAUCUCCUGGGAGAAUCUUCACUGUAUUUUUAUGUGUUUUUAUAUUUCUGUUGUUUCUGCAGUUGCUGCACAACCUGAUGUGCCACAUUCCUCCUUCAGUUUGGCUUGAGGCACUUUAACAAACAUUAAACUGAAAGUAACAAGCUGUAGAAAAAAACAAUGUAACAAAUGUACGAGACAAGCUUGUGGUUUGGAAGAUCGCAAAAAGAGGGAAUCAGAGUUUUUGUUUUUGUCAUUUUCAAAUGAAGAUGAUCUUUGUGGUGUUUGUGAUCCUGGUGCAUGUUUCCCAGCAUACCUCAGGAGUUGAGGUCUAUGAGGGGGUGGAGUCUGUGCUGCUGCCCUGCCAGGUAUCUAGGAUACCCGAGGACCUCACAGUGGUGUGGAGCCGCUUUGAUCUCAAUCCCACAACCAUCCACCAACAUCAGGAUAAAGAUGAGCUUUAUGUCCAAAACCAGCAUUACAGCAGUCGAACAACGAUGUCAGCUGACGCUCUGGAGACUGGAGACUUCAGCCUCACUCUAAAGAAACCCCGGCUCUUUGACAGCAGCAAAUACACCUGCAGCAUCCACAGUGGCGGAUAUGAAGUGAGACGGAUAAAAGUACAGCUGCAGGUCAAAGAACCAUACACUUUCCCGUCUGAGGCCUGGGUUCUCCUGGUUCUCCUGGGUGUUCUGGUUGUUGCUUUGGGUCUUGCAGUAUAUCUUAGGUACAGCGUCAUCACAGUCUCCAAGGUGGAGGUGGAAGAGGGGGUCAAGAGUGUCAAGCUUCGUUACAAAACCAAAACCCAGCUACCCGAGGACGUUACAGUGGAGUGGAGCUGCUGUGCACCUGUGCCCAGGAUGGUCCAUGUUUACAAGAAGGGCAGUGACCAAAAGGACCAGUUUAACCCCGGUCGCACAAAGAUUGCAAACCCACCAAAGAAUGGAGACCUCAGUUUGACACUGAGGGACCCCUGUUACAGGGAUAGUGGCACUUACAUCUGCACUGUCUACACUGAGCAAGAAAUCUUGGCACAAAAAGUAGUACAGCUCCGGGUCAAAGUCCAGGGGAAGGUAGUGGUCGAGGAGUGGGAUGAAUUUGUCAAGUUGCCCUUCAUAACUACAGCUGAGCUGCCUAAAGACGCAACAGUGGAAUGGAGGCGCACUGAACCCAAAGCCAUGAUGGUUCAUGCGUAUCAGAAAGGCCAAGAUAGGCCUGAGAAACAGGAUGAAUAUUACCGUGAUCGCACAAAGAUGAACAAUGACCCACUGAAAUCCAAAGACCUCAGUGUGACCCUAUGUCAACCUGGUUACAGUGACAGAGGGACCUACAUCUGCACUGUUUACAAGAAUGGAUGGAUCCUGGCAAAGAAAGUAGUGCUGGUUUGUGUCAAAGUCUCCAGUGUGAAGCCUGCCAAGCUGCCUUACCAAAUCGCAGCUCACCUGCUUGAGGAUGCCACAGUGGAGUGGAGUCGCUGUGACCCCAAACCCAUGAAGGUCCAUGUAUGUCAGAAUGGCCAAGACCAGCCUGACAAACAGGACAAGCUUUACAUCAACCGAACAAAGAUGAAGAGAGAAAUGCUUAAAACUGGAGACCUCAGUCUGACCCUGAGUAACCCUAGUUACAGUGACAAUGGCAUUUAUAUCUGCACAGUUUACAGGGACGGACACAUCCUGGCAAGAAAAGUAGUGCUGCGUCAGGCCAAAGUCCACCAGGAGGAAGUGGACGAGGGGACAGAGUCUGUCCAGAUGCCCUUUCAAAGCUCAGUUCAACUGCCUGAUGGUGCCAGAGUGGAGUGGAGCCGCUGUGAACCCAAACCCAUAAAGGUCCAUGUCUAUCAUAAUGGCCAGAACCUGCCUGAGGAGCAGGACAAGUUUUACCAAGGUCGGACAAUAGUGAAAGAAAAUCUACUUCAAACUGGUGAUCUUAGUCUGACCCUGAGCAAACCCACUGACAAUGACAGCGAUUUCUACAUCUGCACUAUUAACGUGGAUGGAGACAUCGUAUGGCAGAAUGUUGUACAGCUACAGGUCAAAGUCCAGACGGAGGUGGAAGUUGAGGAGUGGUCUACGUCUUUCACACUGCCCUUCAAAAUUGUGGCUGACCUGCCCAAAGAUGCAACAGUGGAAUGGAGGCGCUCUGAACCCAAAGCCAUGAUGGUUCAUGAGUAUCAGAAAGGCCACAACAAGCCUGACAAACAGGAUGAAUAUUAUUGUGAUCGCACAAAGAUGAACAAUGACCCACUGCAAUCCAAAGACCUCAGUUUGACCCUUUAUAAGCCUGGCUACAGUGACAGAGGAACCUACAUCUGCACUGUUCUCAGGGAUGGACAAAUCAUGGCACAGAAAGCAGUGGUGGUCAAAGUCUCCACCUUGAAACCUGCCAACCUGCCUUACCAAAUCGCAGCUGACCUGCUUGAGAAUGCCACAGUGGAGUGGAGUCGCUGUGACCCCAAACCCAUGAAGGUCCAUGUGUGUCAGAAUGGCCAAGACCAGCCUGACAAACAGGACAAGCUUUACAGCAACCGAACAAAGAUGAAUAGAGAAAUGCUUAAAACUGGAGACCUCAGUCUGACCCUGAAUAACCCCAGAGACAGUGACAGUGGCAUUUAUAUCUGCACCGUCUACAGGGACAGCGACAUCCUGGCAAGAAAAGUAGUGCGGCAUCAGGCCGGAGUCCACCAGGAGGAAGUGGACGAGGGGACAGAGUCUGUCCAGAUGCACUUUCAAAGCUCAGUUCAACUGCCUGAUGGUGCCACAGUGGAGUGGAGCCGUUGUGAGCCCAAACCCAUAAAGGUCCAUGUCUAUCAUAAUGGCCAGAACCAGCCUGAGGAGCAGGACAAGUUUUACCAAGGUCGCACAAAGCUGAAGGAAAGUCUGCUGCUAACUGGAGAUUUCACUCUGACCCUGAGCAAACCCACCACCAGAGACAGUGAUUACUACAUCUGCACUGUCCGUGAGGAUGAAGACAUCAUAUGGCAGAAUGUUGUAGAGCUGCAGGUCAAAGCAAGAAGAUGGAUGAGAAUGAAAAGAAGACAGGACCGAGAUGAAACAGACGACAUUGUGAACAUGCCCUUGAUGGCCAGCCCCAAUGUGUAGUGCUCCGUAUAAUUUGUCUUAUUCGGUAUAGCUUUGGUGGAUAAUUGAUGGAAUCUGAACUGCGAAUUAAAACGGGGCUUGUGGAUUCCUUCCUUCUCAUUUGCUGUUGUCAGCCCAUUCUCAACCGUAAAUCAUCGAAUACUGCAGCUAUGUCAGUUCAAAAUAUGAUGCUAUAGGUAUCCCUCUAACGUUACUACUGGAUGUGCCUGUGUAGGGUAAUGUUUUGAUGUUCUGUUGAAGUCAUGUGAAAUAGUAUAAAGAGCAAAAAGUCCACGUAUGGAGGUGGUGAGGAGGAUGGAAGACUCAAACAAGACUUUCAUACAGGAGACGGCUGUUUGUAUCCCAUUAGAAAACAAAAGUUAAUGUUGACUCCUUUUAGGUAAAGUUCUACUUGACCACAGAGCCCCGCACGUACAAAACUGAUGCUGGAGGGAUACCGCUGACCAAGCUGCAGUUCUUGAUGAGCUGGAAGUGAGAACGUAUUUCAGUUGUGUAAAAUAAAUGUUGCUGUUAAAUAUUCAGAGUUUCUGAGUUUCUAUAAUGUUUUAGUUAAAAUCAUUAUUCCAUUAUGCUCCUACCUUCAAUAACUCAGUACAUGCAUUAGUUUCUGAUUAUUACACUUGCUUUUAAAUCUCCUUCUCUGGAACACACUGUAUUGUUUUUUCACAUUAGCUGUAUGUAUGUUUUACUUUACACUACGUAUUGGAUUGCCUCUUGCUGCUGCCUCUUGGCCAGGACAUCAAUGUAAAUGAGAAUUGGUUCUCGAUUGAUAUCUCCGGUUAAAUAAAUAAACAAAAAUGCAUCCAGCUGUUGAAUUGAA